UCGCCAAACAGAGAGAGAAUUUACAGAGAGAUGUACAGAGGGUUUCAUAGAGAGAGAAAGUCACAGACGGAGAGAGGGAGCGAAAGAGAGAGGUAGCGGCCACAAACGCUGAAGUUGGAGAGACGCGUAGCAGUCGUCUUCAGGAGUUUAUGUCGUCAGUGUUAGCGGGCAUAGGAGAAGUCUUUGGCCAGACCCAGAAAGAAAACAAACCAGAGAUGGAUUCCAGAGCUGUUGUUCAUCAGAAUCAAACCAAAGGAGAAGUGAAGCAAAAGAAUGUCUUGGGAGAUGCAAGGACUAGAAGAGUUCUUCAAGACAUUGGAAAUCUAGUGUUUGAUAAUGCUGCUGCCUUAGGGAAGAAGCCAAUCUCAGAAGUUGUAGAUGCUGCCCUUGCUGCGGGAAAAGGUGCUGCUAUGGUGAAGGGGGCAGCAGCAGGUAGAAGGAAAAUGCCUGAGAAGCCCAAACCUGAAACUGUGAUUGUGAUAAGCUCUGAUAAAACAGACAAAAUUAAACCUGUUAGCAGAAGAAUAUCAGCAGCUGAAAAUUCAACCAAGGAAGUCAAGAAGGCCUUCACUUCAAUCCUCAGUGCUCGAAGCAAGGCUGCUUGUGAACUUACCAAUAAGCCAAAGGAUCCCGUUGCAAACAUCGAUGCAGCUGACGUUGAUGAUGUGUUAGCAGUGGUUGAAUAUAUUGAUGAUAUCUACAAGUUCUACAAGCUUACUGAAGAUGAGGGCAGAGUACAUGACUACAUGGAUUCUCAGCCAGAAAUCAAUGCUAAGAUGAGAUCUAUACUUGUGGACUGGUUGAUCGAAGUUCACCACAAAUUUGAACUGAUGCCAGAGACCCUAUAUCUGACCAUAAAUCUUGUGGAUCGGUUCCUUUCUCUGAAGGCUGUAUCCAGGAGGGAGCUUCAGCUGGUUGGGAUCAGUUCAAUGCUUAUAGCAUGCAAAUAUGAAGAGAUUUGGGCACCAGAGGUCAAUGACUUUGUUUGCAUAUCAGACAACGCCUAUGUCAGAGAACAGGUUCUGGUCAUGGAGAAAGCAAUUUUGGGGAAGUUGGAAUGGUAUCUUACUAUUCCUACACCAUAUGUGUUCCUCAUUCGAUUUAUCAAAGCCUCUCUUCCAUCUGACAAGGAGAUGGAGAAUAUGGUGUUUUUCCUUGCUGAGCUUGGUCUGAUGCAGUAUCCAACCAUAAUUGAGUACCGUCCCUCGAUAAUUGCUGCUUCAGCUGUCUACGCAGCUAGAUGUACCCUCGGCAAGACUCCUUUCUGGACUGAAACUCUGAAGCACCACACUGGCUACCAUGAAGAUCAGCUAAGGGAUUGUGCAAAGCUCUUGGUUAAGUUCCACUUUGCAGCUGCAGAAAGUAAGCUGAAGGCAGUGUAUAGGAAAUUCUCUAGCCUUGAUCAUGGUGCUGUGGCUCUGUUUAGCCCUGCCAAAAGCCUAUCAACCAAUUUGUAAUCAAUGAACAAAUAAGGUCUUUGAGGGACAGAGAUGGAUGGGACACAUGGGAACAUAUUGCUGGGUCUUAUUUGUAGUGUUAGAUCAUAGAUCAUGUUUCUUUGUAUGAUCUUUCUAGAACCGGCUUCUUUUAAGGAGAUUUAUGUUUUUGUUAA